UAAUUGCAGUAUUUAACUAUUUAUACCCCAGGAGCUCACCAGAACUAACACAACAUUCAUUGAUCAUGGCCUUAAAGAUGAACUCAUGCUCUGCAAUUGUGCUUCUCUACUUGUUAGCCUCACAAGCCAUCAUUCAAGAAGCCGAGGCAGCUGGAGAAUGCGGAAGGACUCCUAUUCAAAAGGCGGCUACCAGCUUAAGCCCUUGCAUAAGUGCUGCAGGGAAUGUAGGAGCCAAAGUGACUCCGAAUUGCUGCACAAAAGUUAAUGCCUUGCUGAGGACCGCGCCUAGAUGUUUAUGCGCGGUACUUCUAUCUCCUCUGGCUAAAAAUGCUGGGAUUAAGCCUGGAAUCGCGAUUACCAUUCCUAAGCGUUGUAACAUCAGGAACAGGCCUGUAGGCAAAAAAUGCGGACGUUAUGUGGUUCCGUAAUUUGAUCAUGAUGCUUAUGAUUCACGUCUACGACAGGAGUCUUCUGCACUGAGUACAGCUUUUAUUUGUAAUGCUAAAUAAAAUAUGCCACAUAGUAGGCUAGCCGUGGCUGAUAAAUUGUGAUAACCUAUAUGGUCAAGCUUUUAACACUAUUUUCUUCAUUUGACAUAUGUAUCCUUGUGUGCUUGUUAAUAAGAUGAGUGAAAAUUUGUGAAGCACUUUUGAUUAUUGCUUA